CCAGCCUAGGCUGGUUUAAGCUGUUUUUUUCAGUAGGGAUAGCAUUUAUUAAACAUAUUUUAUAUAAUUUUUGUCACUUUUGAUCAGGUUAUUGCAUCCUAGAGUUUUAACCCAAUUUUGGAAUAACAUUUUUAAUUCAACUGUUGGGCUUGCCGCUUGUCCAUAUUUGACCCAACAGGUGGGUUAAAACAUGCACAGUAUUAAAAAAAUGCUGUGUUUUCAUAACUAAACAUUGGACAAAUAUGGACAAAUACAAUUCAUCAAUUAAGUUUAAAUUGCACUGUAACACAAUGGUUGAUUUUGUCCAUAAUUGACCCAACAAUUGUGUUAAAAAUGUAAAACAAAUUUAAUUUAAAAGAUGAAUUAGCAUGUAGCCAGCAUUUAUUGAGUGGAAUUUGAGUUGGGUUUGUUCAUACUUGACCCAAAGCUGGGUCAAAACAACCUUGCAUUUUUAGUGUAAUUAAAAGUAACCUCUCACCAUUGCCAAUACAAAAAAAAAAUGCAGGGUUGUUCAACUCAACAUUUGGUUCAUCCAUGUUUGACCCAACAACUGAGUGUAACGGAGGCCAGCUAGUAAACUCUGUGCAGGUAAACCUCACUCCUCUGACCUCUAAUAUUGCUCUAGCGACAUACAUUAGAGUCUAUAGCCUUUAGCCUCGUUGGUAGAGCAACCAACUUCCAUGCGGAAGGUCGCCAGUUCGAUAUCAGCUCAGAGCGGGUUGGGUGGCGUAGGAUCGGCGGAGUGACAUGGGCUAUAAAUGUCAUUGAUAUUUCAUUUUUAAAAAAACAUACCCAACAUGAGGCUCAUAUUUGUCCCUAACACGGGUAAAAACAACCCAGCAUUUCUAUAGUGAAUAAUACCGUUUAACUAUUAAUGUAUUUUUUGUUUUUGCAGAUUCCUAGUUAAAGUCCUGCAUGAUGUCAGAGUUCCCAGAAUCCAGUGACUCUGAGUUCCCGUACUCGUUCUCUGCUGACGGCCGGCUGCGACACACACACACCGGUGAGCCAUACCGCUUCCAGUUCCACCUACGGGACGCUCUGCAGACGGAGACAGAGCAGCGUAGACUCUGCAGAUUCCUGACGCAGCACGUUUACACACUCCUGCAGCAGAACUUUCAGAUGCGUCUGGAGGAACACUGCUCUGUGUUCAUGACCCCCGGAGCCCUGGAGCAUGCUGGGUGUUUGCUGCUGCUCCUGCAGGACCGGGGAACAGUGCGAGGUGGACUCUGGAGCUGGAAGAUCACGGCUCACGAGGGCUUGGAGACCGGCAGUCAGAUCCCGUAUUUGCGCUGGGCUCUGAUGGAGAACUACGCCGUCAUCAUCAUGAACCCCAAUGGAGAUCUGCACAACAAGACGCCGGAGGAGCAUGUGUCUGAGGUGUGGCGGCGUCUGGUGUGUGUGAGCGCAGCGCAGCAUGUGUUUGUGGUGGCUCAUGGAUAUGGAGGUCUGGCGUUUGUGGAUCUGCUGUGCUGCCGGAUGGAGGAGGUGCAGCGGCGGGUCACAGCCGUGGCCUUUCUGGACUCCAGUCACAGUCUGUGGCAUCAGCCGCUGGGGAAAGCCGGACGAGACUGGCUAAGGUGUCACUCCAGGACGUGGAUCUUGAGCACUAAAGCCCUGAACCGCUCGGUGGGCUCGCUGAAGGCCGGAUGCACACAGAUCUCUGCCGGGACUCAGUGUCACGACUCCGCGCCCGCCGUCUGCAUGGAGUCUGUGUUUCGCUUCUUCAGCAAAACCAUCAAACCCAAAGCCACACCGACACCGUUCGAGAUCAUCACCCGCAGCAGGAGCCGCUCACACGACCACAACAACAACAACAAACACUGAGAGUGAAUAAAGCACCAUCUGCAUCACA